UCUAGAAUUUUGGAUAACUAAUUUAGAGAAACAAUUCGGAGAAUUAAGGAUAAAGUAAAAAUGUCGGUAAACCAAGCAGACGAUUAUUCUCAACCAGGAUAUCAAAGACAUUUACGCAGAUAUACAUAUCACUACAGUCACGAAUAUGAUAAUGACCCAGGGACUAGCGUUGAUGAAGAUUAUGAUCAGGCUGGGGACCGAUCAGAAUAUCAGUCCUUAAACUUUAAUAACAAUGGUUCCCAUAGCAACAAUGGUCAACCUGACAACAAUGGUCACCAUGGUAAUAAUGGAUACCAAAAUAAUGGUCAUCAUGAUAAUGAUAGAUACCAGAAUAAUGGUCACAAUGAUAAUAAUGGUUACCAAAAUAAUGGUCAUCGUGGUAACAGUGGUCAUCAACGAUCCAAGUCAUGUUACUAUGGUGAUUACAAUAAUUACCAAGCCCAGAAUAGCUACCAAGGACAAUUUGCGGGUUACCAGGGUCAAAAUGGAUACCAUGGUCAAAAUGGUUACCACUUUCAAAAUGGUCCCCAGGGUCAAAAUGGUUAUCCAGAUCAGAAUUGUUACCAAGGACAAUAUGGUUUCCAAGACGACCUGGUUGGAGACCCAACUGAUAAUUUUUGUCCACAGCAACGGUACAGUUGCUAUGGAGACAAUUGGGAUAAGUUUGUUCAGUCUGGAUACAACAACUAUGGUUGGGAACAUGGCCAACAUGCCUUACUGUUGG